CUUCAGGCUGAAAGUUUAAAGUGUCUUUCCCAGCUGAGCUAACUGUGGCUAACAGGCUAACUGCUGCUAGCUGCUGCAGUUAGCCUGUUAGCCUGAAUGUUGAGUCAGUUCUAAAUGAAGGUGUUUGUUAAUGAAGAGGCUGAGUGACGUGCACACACGAGGCUGCACCUCCUGGAGAACCUGGUGCUCCAGGAGGUGAACAACACCAGUCUGUGGAGAGCCGUGAUGCCCCUGGAGGUCAGAUGGCCGUUCCCUCAGAGCCCUGCUCUUGCAUGGAGGAUCUCCAGCUCCCUGAUCAUGGGCAUGGUCGGCUCCUAUUCCUACUUCUGGACCAAGUACAUGAACUGUUUGAACGUCCACAACCAAGAGGUUCUGCUCAACCUGAUUGACCAGAGACCCGCUGACACGCCCCUCAUCACGCUGUCCAAUCACCAGUCCUGUAUGGACGACCCACACAUCUGGGGCGUGCUGAAGCUCAGACAGCUGUGGAGCUUCAACAAGAUGCGGUGGACCCCAACAGCGUCCGACAUCUGCUUCACCGUGGAGCUGUACUCCAGAUUCUUCAGCCGUGGAAAGUGUGUUCCCGUCUGCAGAGGUGACGGCGUUUACCAGAAAGGUAUGGAUUUUGUUCUGGACAAACUGAACAGAGGAGAAUGGGUGCACAUUUUUCCAGAGGGCAAAAUCAACAUGACUGAAGAAUUCAUACGACUGAAAUGGGGUGUGGGUCGGCUCAUUGCAGAUUGCUCCCUCGAUCCGAUUAUCCUUCCGCUGUGGCAUGUGGGUCUGACUGACGUUCUGCCCAACACGCCGCCCUACAUUCCUCGGAUCGGCAAGAAAAUCACCGUCCUGGUCGGGAAGCCGUUCAGCGUGAAAGACCUUGUUGAAUCACUCCGAGCCGACAACAAGAGCCAGAUGGAAAUGAGAAAGACUCUGACUGAUUUCAUCCAGGGGGAGUUCCGGAGCCUGAAGGCCCAGGCUGAGGCCCUUCAUGGGCAGAUACACACUAGAUCCUGAGUCACAGCCAAUCACAGUGAUGAUCCUUUACCCUAAAACUGAGGGUAACAUUAAACACUGGACUGUUUUUACCACAUUUCAUGGUAUCUGCUCACAUCCUCUGCUCUGCGACACCCAAAGCUCCAGAGAAUCCACAGAAUCCUGACUCACUGAAGAUGCAUUGGGAUCAUGACCAUUGAAAAUCCGGCUCUUCUGUGAAUGUGGGUGCAACAGAAACUCCUCUGUAUCUCAGCCAGCGUUUGAAACAGGCUUCAAGUUUUCAUUUCAUCGAUCAGGUUCAGGUGCUAAAACAGGAUCAGGACAAACUGUGGAGGACAGAUGACGGAGUCCUUGAAGUCCUAACAGCCUCUGCUGCUCCUGUGAGCUGUCUGUGACUGAGGAGAGAAACGUCUCCGCCAAUUGUAGAAUUUCUGGAAUAGAUUGAAGCUUCUGAAUUAACUUCAGCUGUUAUUUUACUGGAACCAGCUCAGUGUCCAAAGAAAGACGUGAAUGUUGGACGGUUCAUUAUCACUGCAGGGAGCAGUGUGUUCUUUAUGUGAACGGGUGGAACGUUCAGGUGUGUUGGUCUGAAAUGUGACACUUCACACUUUUAUGCAAGAGGCCAGAACUUCCCUUCACCAUAAAUUCACAAUUCUUAAGAUUUCAGUGUCAAUUCAGUCUCGUUUUUAUUUUUUAAACUAAAUUCUCAGUCGCUGAUGAUAAAAAGAGGAAUGAGAAAAGUCACUGAGCAGCUACUUUAUAUAGAAAUACACCAGAUUAUUUCUGAAGGAGCGUUUUGUAUGGUUUUUGUAUCAUUUUACACAACAGUCAAAUAAACUCACAAUAUUUUAAUGGAAAGGAAGACGAACGUUUUUCGUGGUGCAUCUUGUUGUGAUUUGUGCACUUUCUGCUCCGUGUCAUAUUUAAAACCAUCAGCUGAUCGAUGUCUUGUGCUGCUGAUAAAAAUAUCACUGCUUCGUGAUAAACGCAGUAUAGUACAUAUCCUGUGGCAGCUUCACAAUAAAAGUUGAACCCUUUUGACAUGAAGCAGCAGUGGUUAGAAAUGCUGGGAGGAAGUCACAUGACAAAUGAAGAGUCUAAAGACGACAAUGCGAAACAGUCACCACAGAAAGAGAAAUACGCUCAUGAUGUAGAAGAAUUCAAAUGAAUUCAUUAAUAAAUCAGUAAUCCGGGCUUUGCAGGAUGGUUCAGUUAUUUUCUAGCAUUCAGAUUGAAUUCACUUGUUUCCCCGUUUAUUAGGAGAACGCUACACAAAGCUGCUGUUGUUGAAAUACUAAAUAUUUAUUGUGCUCCUCUGUUUGACAGAUUUAUAAUUUAUAACGGGAGACACAUGUUUUCUGUUUUAACUUUAAAUCUGCUCAGGAACACCAUUGUGUUCCCUGCUCUCUGUAAAUCUCAACUUCACAUACACAUAUCAUUUCGGUUUAGAUGAUUUCUUCUUCCGACACAUUAAACUGUGAAGUUUUCUGUGGACCUUUCCAACGUGUCACUCAUGUGUAUAACUUUUCAUCACAGAGGUCAGGGGCUUUUCUAAAGAAGGAAGUGCUGCGGCUGAGUGAUCUCUGUUUUCUAAUGAAUGUGUUGCCUUACUGUGAUUUCCACUGUUUCCUCUCGAAUGUGAACAAUAAAGUGUUUGACUUUUCCUACAUUUCA